CCUCAACUGGACUACAUUUGAGGUUAGAAAACUAGUUAAAUGCUUGUCAAAAAUUCAAAUAUUUAUCACAUUUUGCGGCGUGAGUAUCGUUAUUAAUAUUUGUCAGUUUUGAAUUUAGAUGAAAAAGAUGCCUUCCAAAGCUCCAACAAGGAAACAACUGAGGAAGGAACAGCGGAAGCAAAAAAAGGCAAGAAAGAAUGAAUACUUCAGCAGAGGAAAACAUUCAAAUGGGCCACUGCCAGAGAAACAAGUCCAGUCACUUGAAAAAGCAACUGAAAAAGUUGAAAAACCAACACAACAAAAGGUCACGAAAACAAAGAACAAGAAGGUCGCUGUUAACUUGGUAGAUCAAGAGAGGAAGAAGGAGGUUCAAGAGUUAGCAACGUUGAAGAAGAAAAUGGCAGAACAACGAAAGAAGCAAUUAAUGUUAGCCAAUGAAGAAGAGGAUCGUAAUAUUAAGAAAUUAGAGAAACAAUUGAAAUUGAACAAGAGAAAAUCAAAAGGAUUACCUAAAAUGUUUGUCGAAAGUGGAUUGGACUAUAUCCUAGAAAUGUGUGACCCAGAACAAAUGAAAGUAAUUGCAGCAGCUGAGAAAAAGUUUACAGAUGUGGAUGAUGAUUUUGCUGAAGACCUAGCAUUAAUCACUAAGAAACAGAAAAAAUCAAAAAAUAAGUCUAGUGGUAAGAAGAACAAAAACGAAUCCUCUGAAGAUGAAGAUGAUCGAAGCAUGAGUGAUGAUUUUUCUGGAGGUGAAAGCAAUUUUAGUGAAGAAGACAUGUCAGAUGUGGAUGAAGAAGAAGAGUUCUCUAAUGGAAACACUAUAAAUGGUUCUCUGAAGAGAAAAAGAGCAGAGAAUGAUAAAGGGAAAGUUAAGAAAAAACAAAAAAAAGAUACAGAAGUACUAGGUGAUGAAAGUGAUGUUGAUGAUUUUGAGCAAGAAAGUGCAGAAGAUGAUGAAGAAGAAAGUGAAAUAGAUGAUGAAGAUGAAAGUGAUAUAGAUGAAGAGGAGAGUGAAAUGGAUGAUGAAGAAGGAAGUGAAGUGAGUGAUGUAGAGGAAAGCGAAGCCGAGGAUGAAGAGAUUGACAUGGAAGAUAUAGAUGAUGAUGAAAGCAAAGGGACAAAUGCAAAAAAAUCAAAGAAAAAUGAGAAAACUAGAAUUAAAAAAUUGAAGACCAAUGAAAGUUGCAGUGAUGACGAUAUUGAAGACAUAAUAGGAGAUGAAGAAAGUGAUUUCGAAGACAUUGAAAUGGAUGAUAACAGGAAGAAAAAUGUAAAAAACACACCACAAAAGGGUAUAAAGAAAAACAAAGAAACUUUGGAGAAGAACAAUGAUAUGAGUGAUGAUGGUGAAAUGGAAGAUGUUGAGAGGGAAACAGAUGGUGAAAAUGAAGAAAUAUACAGUGAUGCGAGAACCAACAAAAUCAAAGGAGCAGCCAAAGUAAAUGCUGAUGGAACUUGGGAGGACAUUUAUGGAAGGCUCCAUGCUCGAGAUGGUUCUCUGAUAAAUAAAUCAAAUCAGAAAUACAUACCACCAGCUGUUCGAGCUAAAAUGAACCAAGAUAGUAAUGCAGAUAAGGAAACACUAGAAAAAUUGAAUAGGUUGAAAAAACAGCUCAAAGGAUUGCUCAAUAGAUUGGCAAUAAGUAAUAUGCAUAAUAUCGCUAAACAAGUCGAAAAUCUUUAUAUGAACAAUAGCAGAAAUGACAUGAACGAAACGUUGGGAACGCUUAUAAAUGAAUCCAUCAUUUCCCAAGUUCUAACUCCAGAACGUCUACUCAUGGAGCAUAUCUUAUUGGUGGCCAUUCUCCACGCUAAUGUAGGAACGGAAGUUGGGGCACAUUUUCUGCAGGAUCUCGUUACAAAAUUCGACGAACAUAUGAAGAGCAAAUUGGAAGUAGAAGACAAAACUCUAGAUAACAUAGUUAUCAGUUUAGCCCAAAUGUACAAUUUCAAGAUAUUUGACUCCAAAUUGAUGCAUGAAAUCUUAAACGAGCUCGGGAAAGAGUUCACGGAAAAAAAUGUGGACUGCAUUCUGCACGUUUUGAGAAAUGUUGGAUUCGUGUUGAGGAAAGAUGAUCCUCUUGCAUUGAAGGACUUCAUUUUAGAAUCGAACAAGAAAGCAGCAACUAUUACAAAUGACGCAGUAAAUGGGUCGAGACUCAGAUUUUUACUGAACGUGUUGACUGCCAUUAAAAAUAACAACAUGACUAAAAUACCGAACUAUGACGACAGCUAUUCAGAACACUUGAAAAAAGUUAUGAAGGGUUUUAUAAGGAAAGGGAAUUAUGUAACGCAACUCAACAUCAGUUUGGAAGAUUUAUUGAAAGCCGAGGAAAAAGGUAAGUGGUGGGUUGUUGGUUCAGCAUGGACCGGAAAUUCGGAAAACCGAGAAAAACCUAAGAAGAAGGAGGGAAAACAAAAAUUUUCCCAAGAAUUGCUUGAAAUGGCUAGGAAAAUGAGGAUGAAUACAGAUACACGAAGGGAUAUUUUCUGUGUUAUUAUGUCGGCCGAUGGUUACGACGAUGCUUUUGAAAAAUUGAUGCACCUAGGGUUGACAAAGAAUCAGGAACGGGAAAUAAUUCAUGUUAUUUUACAUUGUUGUGUUAAGGAGAAUCCUUUCAAUCCAUAUUACGCUUACUUAGCUCAAAAGUUCUGUGACUACAAUAGAAAAUAUAUGUUGGCGCUCAAAUAUUCCAUGUGGGACAAAUUGAAAGCGAUGGAAAAACAAUCUGCUAAUUGUCUCUCAUCUUUGGCCAGCCUUUUGAUACAUCUGUUCUUGAAUCAAGGACUCCCUAUUUCUACUCUAAAGGUUAUUCCAUUCUCUCAAAUGGAUGGAACCACCACAAGGUUCUUGAGACAAAUAUUCUUGGGUAUUCUGCUGCAUAACGAUACUGAGACUUGUCUCAAUGUGUUCAAGAACGUUGCACAGUCCGAUACACUCAAGAUGUUCAGGGAAAGUCUGAGGCUUUUCCUUCAACUUUUCGUUCGAAAAAAUUUGAAAUCCGAUAAGAUUGAAGAGAAGCAACGAGAGAUGUUGAAGACAAGAUCCAAAAUGAUCGAGAGGCUCCUUGUGUUGAAAGAUACAAUGAGUUUAUAGGGUUAAUAAUAUGUAAAGCUGUACAUAAAGAUUUUAAUACAUUGUUGUACCUAUAA